AUGAAGUUGGCCGUGGUCUCAGUCGCCGUCCUACUCGUGAUUGUCGUGGCCUCUCCGGUAUCGGCGCGAGCCGGAGGAUACGGAGACGACGGGGAUGAUGACACUAGGUCAUGGUUUCCCUUGGACAAUCUAUUAUCGCUGAAGUAUUAUGAUAAGAUUUGUCCAAAUUUUGAGAAAAUCGUUGAUACCAAAGUGAAGGAAUGGACAAAGACUGACCCUUCCCUCGGACCGGCCCUCCUUCGCCUUAUCUUCCACGAUUGUGGCGUCACGGGAUGUGAUGCAUCGGUUCUUCUAGACCACGAAGGAUCAGAGAGAAGAUCUCCGGCGAGCAAAACCCUAAGAGGUUUCGAGCUAAUCGACGAUAUCAAGUCCGAGGUCGAGAAAUCUUGCCCCGGUUUAGUCUCUUGUGCUGACAUCCUAGCCGCAGCUAGCCGUGACGCGAUCUUCCAACUCAAAGGACCUUACUGGGCCAACGCCUACGGUCGUCGUGACUCCAAAACCUCUUACGCUAGAGACGUCGAGAAAGUCCCUUCAGGCCGCCGUGAUGUCACUGGACUUCUCGAGACGUUUCAGUCUUACGGUCUCAACGUUCUCGACCUAGUCGUCCUCUCCGGCGCUCAUACCAUCGGAAAAGCCUAUUGUGGAACCAUCCAGUCGAGGCUUUACAACUUUAACGGCAGCAAUGGAACUGAUCCGUCGAUCGACGCCAAAUACGCAGAUUACUUGCGGCGCAAGUGUCGUUGGGCCUCCCAAACCGUUGACCUAGACAGCAAAACUCCGGUUAUAUUCGAUAAUCAGUAUUACAUUAAUCUUAUGAAGCAUGAGGGUGUUUUGUCGACUGAUCAGGAGCUUCUUAAAGACUCAAGGACCGCUCCGCUUGUAGCGGCUUUAGCUUUGCAGCCAUCUGAGAUAUUCAGACAGCAGUUUGCUGUGUCCAUGAUGAAGCUGGUCAAUGUUGGUGUCCUCACUGGUGAAGAUCGUGACGGAGAGAUCAGAAAGGUUUGCAGCAAAUCUAACUCCGGAAUUUACUGA